CGUAGUGAACUUCGUUCAUAGCUGCACGUUUGAACUUGACGUCAAUCAAGCUGCAGUACAGUUGCGCUUUGGUUGCGCUAUGACGCUCACGAUAAAUAAAAUGUUACAGUUGCGUAGCGCGUGGCGAAAUGCGUCAGUUUGCGCAAAACAGUGCCUCGCUUUGAAAAGCCAACCUGAGCAGCACAGGGCCUUUGUCUCCACUGGGCAGCGGCAGGUGAAUGGAACCUUCUAUGAGUUCCGCACCUAUUUCAUCCAACCCCAUCUCAACUCUGCCUUCCUCAAACUAACUAAUGAGAACAUCCACAUUCGGACGGCCCAUUCAAAGCUUUUAGGCUACUGGACUGUGGAAUAUGGGGGUCUCAAUCAGGUUUUCCACAUUUGGGAGUAUGAUAACUAUGCCCAGCGGGCAUCAGUACGGGCAGGUCUGGCUCAGGACCCAACCUGGACGGAGCAGUACCUCUCUAAAGCAUUGCCCAUGCUUAGCUCUCAGGAUAAUGAGGUGACAUACCUCGUACCCUGGAGUAAAAUUCAGAAACCACCCAAAGAGGGAGGUGUUUUUGAGCUGGCUACCUUCCAGAUGAAACCAGGAGGUCCGGCGGUGUGGGGCCGGGCGUUUCAGGCAGCAGUGGGAACCCACACCGGGUCAGGAUAUGCCCAUCCAGUGGGGGUUUUUCAUUCUGAAUUUGGUCAGCUUAAUCAAGUGAAUGUUUUGUGGUGGUUUGAGAGUGCAGACCAUCGAGCAGCAAUACGACGUCACUCUCAUGACGAUGCCAGAGUAGUUGCGGCAGUAAGGGAGAGCUCUGCAUAUCUGGUGUCACAGAAGAAUAAACUCUUGUUCCCCUGUGGGUUCUCACCAAUGAAAUAGCCUGGACCCAUACUGUAAUUUGACAAAACCGGAGUCUCCAAAUGAUGGAAAUUGUGUAUACAGUGAUUCAAACGUUGCAAUGAACCAAUCACCAAACAGACAAACAUAUUACAGACUAUUAUGUCAAACAAAAAUAUAACCCAUUUAAAGUAGCACUUUCUUAAUGACAUUGCAUAGGUUUUAUUUAGUAGGCAUAUGUUUAGUCUAUCGAAAAGAGACUUUGUCAAACUGUUCACUCAGUGGUAUGUGCAUGUCAAUAAAUCAACAUAUCAUUAAAUUGCACAGAUAUUCAUGUGAACUUUAUAUGCUCCAGGACAAGAUUGCAUUUGACAUAUAAACGAAAUAUAGAAUUGGCAUGUUUUAUUGUGUAAAUACAGUAAGUGUACAAGGUGAGUAACAGACAUCCCACUGCCAUACAUUUGAAAUGUAAACAGUUUUGAAAUGAGGAAUAUUAGUGGUACUAAGACGUUUUUUGUCUUUCCAAGGUUUGAUCAUUUUGGUUGGAGAUAAAGGUAAAUACUUUGUCUAUGGAAAAUCCAGUGCAAAACACAUUUUACCAUUAAAUCAAUUCCAAUUUACACAGCGAGUAAAGUGCUCUGACAUAAGGCAUCACGGCUGCCUAUCCCAAUAACAUCCAAAAUACUGACGGGCUCAUCACCUUACUGUACUGAACGACUACUUACAACACAGCAGAAAUCAAUAAUGUACUUACGAUUAAAUUUCACUGUCCUCCUAAAAAAAAAAAA